UGGAGCUGAGCUGCGAGGGGGCCUGAGAAGCAAUGGCCAUAGAAGCCCCUGUGAACUUUGCACCACCUGAGCACAGCACUGUGGUCAGCACCGCAGCCGACAGCUACACCUGGCAGCCCAGCUCACUCAGGAUGCACGUCAUCAGGCCCAAGUCUGCCAAGGGCCGGAAGCGGCCAAAUUUGCACCUACCACAAGGCAUAGGGGAUGGCUCCCACAGCGGACUCACCUCUUCAUCUCCACCACGCUCCUCCGGGUCGCCAAGCAACCAGAAACGCGAGGUCUGCGCAACUGCCCCUGCGUCUCAGGGAGCUCCCGAUGAGAUGCCGGAGCUGCUGCAGCAGGCGCCCAUAAGGACAGCUUCAUCCCUCAAUAGGUACCCAGUCCUCCCGUCCAUCAACAGGAGGAGCUCGGAGGACGGGGCUGUGGACACUGUGUCCAGCAAGACCAGUUCUCUGCAGCUGAGCAGCGUCCAGGCGCUUUACCAAGAGGAGGCCCGCGCCGCCGUAAAGUCAAGCCAGGAAGACUCCAGAACACAAGUCUGUGCCUUAGAGAAGAAAUUCAUCAUCCGAACCAAAAGACAGAGUUCCUCCAGGGCCUCAAACAUGGAGGAGCCGUCGGACGAAGAGCCGAGGCUGCUGCUGGCCGUCAGGUCACCCUCGGGCCAACGGUUCGUGCGCUACUUCAGGCCCAGUGACGACCUACAGACUGUCCUCGAGGUGGCCGAGCAGAAAAACAAAGCCACCUACCAACACUGCAUCGUUGAAACAAUGGAGGUGCCCAGGAGACGUUUCUCUGACCUCACCAAGUCCCUGCAGGAGUGCGGCAUCCUUCAUAAAUCUGUACUGGGCAUCUCCCAGGAGGAGGGGGAAGGCUGGCCCUGAGCACUCAGCACCAGGCUGGGGUCCCAGGUCUUUGAGCAAAGAGAAUGUUGGACAGCCUGAAGCCUCCAACACAACCUUGGUUUCAGGUGCCACACGAGCCCAGUGCAGCAAAGAUCCUAGGGCCUUGUCUGGAUAGCAUGUUUGUGAAGGCGGGGACGAAUCUCCACCGGGGAAGAGCCCUCUGGAAAACUCCCUUGUAGCCCCCACAUUCUCUCCUGCAGCCACAGGGAAGUCUACAUCUGUCCCUAAGACAGUGGCUGCAGCCAGGAUAUCUCCUUUCCCCUGCUGGCUCCUUCCAGAAUCUACUGCCAGUGCAGUGAAUUCUGAAUCUCUCAAAGCCAAAACUCUGCCUUUCUGUACUGGAUACCAGAUUAAACUCUUCCCAGAGAGGAUUCUAGUCUAGCAAAGAACCAGGGUUUAGGAAUCGCAGCACUGGCAUUGGUAUUUCUUGCACUAUUGUGAGAGACAGGCUGGCGAUCCUGUGUUUGGACGCAACCUCCCUCCCGAGCUACACCAGCAGAGAUCCAUGAGGAUCCCUGUUGGUAUGAGGCGGCAGCAAGGGGUAGAACUGUCCUCUGCUGUCGAAAAUCCCCCAGCACACAUCUCUGAAACGUCCUAGAGCUAGCCCGUAUAAAUUGCCUCUACAGCCAUGGACUAGCCUGGGCUACUUUUGAGUGGACUGACGGUUGGAGCCUGGUAACUCCUGUCUAAGUGCAGAAUCCUUGCAAAAGGGAAGUAAAAUAUGCAGUACGCUGUUUUUAAGAUGCACACA